AUGUUCCAACAUGCUUUCCGCCAAUUCGUCUUUACUGCCAUGGUGCUCACACUCAUGUCAGCCAUCCCAACUGGAGAGCUUGAAGAGCAUGCAAGCUGCACGAUCUCUUCUGUUUCAAGUGCUUCAUCCAUUUGGAGCUGCUUGUCGGUCACUAUCUCAGCCUUUACUAUCCCCAGCAGAAGCACUCUUAUGCUCUCUCCCAAGUCAGGUGCCACUAUCACCAUGGCUGGUGAUAUCACCUUCACCAAGACCUCUAGCGAUGGACCAUUGUUCACCAUUGACGGUGAAGAGAUCACGUUCAAUGGCAUGGGAUACUCUUUCGACAUAUGCCACAUUUUAUUGUUUUCCUGCUUCAGUGUUACAAUUGGUGUUGACAAGCCUCACCCUUUAUUGAAGUUCAAGGGUUCCGGCACAUACUCUGACUUCAUGGUCUUGAACAGCCCUGCUCAGGCUAUCUCUAUCAGCAACAGUGACAGCCUCAUCUUUGAUAGCAUCACUGUGGACAACAGCGAUGGUGAUGAUGAUGACCUUGGUCACAAUACUGAUGUGAGGAACCAGGAUGACUGUAUCACUAUCAAUGAUGGCUCAAACAUCAUGUUCAAGAACAACAAGUGCUCUGGUGGCCAUGGCAUUUCGAUCAGUUCCAUCUCCAGUGGCAAGUCUGUCACUGAUGUCAUCAUCUCUGGAAACACCAUUACGGAUUCGAUGUAUGGAUUCAGAAUCAAGGUCAAAGCCUCUGCGACUAGUGCGGACGUGAACUUCACUGGAAGCACCACUACCAUCAAGGUUGGAGAUGAUGCCAGGCACCUGGCCAUUGACUGUGGAGCCUGCUCUGGAACUUGGGACUUCUCGAAAUUGAAGAUCACUGGCAGCUCAGCGGGAACAGUUGAUAGCAAUGAUGCUACUAUUUCUGGCAGAUCAUAUUAG